AGUCCUUCGCUAGCCAGAAGUUUGUUUUCGGGUCUUGUUUUUAUGUUUGUCCUGACGACAUUGGACAAUUUUUAAGUAACCACAAACACAAGAGCGCGCGGUUCGUUUGACGGCUAGGAAGACGUGUGCUUGCUUUUUUUUUUUUUUUAACCUUUUCAACGUGGUUUUUUUUUUUUUUUUUUUCCUCUCUACCGUUAGCAUAUCGGCUAGCCUUUGAGCCGGACAACCGACCUCCGCGCGGCUCGGCCGAUCUUCGCUUUCUGCGCCGCGCACCGCUACGGAGCCUCCCGGCCUCUUUUCAUGCCGACACCGGCGUCCGCUCGGACAUUUUGAUGGGAGGCGGCUGGCCGCCGGGUGGACGUUGCGGGCGGCGCUCGGGAGGAAAGCGGGGGCGGAGGAGGCUGCGGCGGGGACGACGACGUGUCGGGCCCGCAUGGAGUCCCUGGCCGGCUACGUGCACAAGGCGGCCGGCGAGGGUCGCGUCCUGACGCUGGCCGCGCUGCUGCUCAACCACGGCGAGGCCGAGACGAGGUUCCUGCUGGCCUUCGUCAGCCAGCAGGGCGGCCAAAGGUUCACGCCGCUCAUCGUCGCCGCGCGCAACGGCCACGACAAAGUGGUCCGCCUGCUGCUCGACCACUACCGGGUGGACACUGAGCAGACCGGCACCGCGCGCUUCGACGGCUACGUGAUCGACGGGGCGACGGCGCUGUGGUGCGCGGCGGGCGCCGGCCACUUCGAGGUGGUGCGCCUGCUGGUGGCUCGCGGCGCCAACGUCAACCACACCACCGUCACCGGCUCCACGCCGCUGCGAGCGGCCUGCUUCGACGGGCGCCUGGACAUCGUGCGCUUCCUGGUGGAGCGCGGCGCCGACAUCGGCAUCACCAACAAGUACAACAACACCUGCCUCAUGAUCGCCGCCUACAAGGGCCACGGCGACGUCGUGGGCUUCCUGCUGGAGCGCGGGGCCGACCCCGACGCCACGGCGCACUGCGGCGCCACCGCCCUGCACUUCGCCGCCGACGCCGGCCACCUGGGCGUGGUGGCGGAGCUGGUGCGACGGCGCGCCGUCCUGGCGGCCAACGGGCACGGCAUGACGCCGCUGAAGGUGGCGGCGGAGAGCUGCAAGGCGGACGUGGUGGAGCUGCUGCUGGCGCACGCCGACUGCCAGCCGGCGGGCCGCGUGGAGGCGCUGGAGCUGCUGGGCGCCUCCUUCGCCAACGACCGCGAGAACUACGACAUCGACAAGACGUACCGUUACCUGCGCGCCGCCGCGGACGAGCGCCUCCGUCACCCCGGGGUCGUGCCGACCAAAGAGCCGCUGCCGCCCGUGGAGGCGUACGGCGGGCGGCGGGAGUGCCGCACGGCGGACGAGCUGGAGGCCAUCCGGGCCGACCGCGACGCGCUGCACAUGGAGGGCCUGAUGAUCCGCGAGCGCAUCCUGGGCGCCGACAGCGCCGACGUGUCGCACCCCGUCAUCUACCGCGGCGCCGUCUACGCCGACAACAUGGAGUUCGAGCGCUGCAUCAAGCUGUGGCUGCAUGCCCUGCGCCUGCGCCAGCGCGGCAACCGCAACACGCACAAGGACCUGCUGCGCUUCGCGCAAGUCUUCUCGCAGAUGCUGCACCUGAAGGAGCGGCCGCCCCCCCACGCGGUGGAGCAGGUCCUGGGCUGCAGCGCGCUGGAGAUCGGGCGCAGCAUGGCGCGCGCCCAGGCGGCGCCAGAGGGGGAGCUGGCGCAGGCGGCCGACAACUACGAGUCCAACGUCUUCACCUUCCUGUACCUGGUCUGCAUCGCCACCAAGACCGCGUGCGGCGACGAGGACGACAAGCAGCGCGCCCGCAUCAACAAGCACGUGUACGACGUGGUCCGGUUGGACCCGCGGGCCCGCGACGGCGCCAGCUUGCUGCACCUGGCCAUCAGCUCCAGCACGCCCGUAGACGACUUCCACACCAACGACGUGUGCGGCUUUCCCAACGCGCAGGUGACCAAGCUGCUCCUGGACUGCGGCGCCCGCGUGGACGCGGUGGACCACGAAGGCAACACGCCGCUGCACGUCAUCGUGCAGUACAACCGGCCCAUCAGCGACUUCCUGACGCUGCACGCCAUCAUCAUCGGCCUGGUGGAGGCGGGCGCGCACACGGACCGCACCAACAAGCAGAAGAAGACGCCGCUGGACAAGAGCACCACCGGCGUGUCCGAGAUCCUCCUCAAGACGCAGAUGAAGAUGAGCCUCAAGUGCCUGGCGGCGCGCGCCGUGCGGCGCCACCGCAUCGCCUACCGCAAGCAGAUACCCGCCAGCCUCGAGGAGUUCGUGGAGUUCCACUGACCGGUGGCCACGCCCCCUUUUUCUGCUUUUUAACUCCCUUUUUUUAGGACAACGCUAUUUUCAUGAACUCGACCUCACCAACUCAUCGUCCUCUUUUUGGUUUUGAUUUUUUUUAAUACACGCAACAUAAUACAGAGAUGACGACAUUCAAAAUAACAUCCAUCCUGCUUAUCCUCACGAGGGUCGCAGCCAAUUGCAAGUCGCACCCACGGGCAUUUUCCAGUCUCCAAUGAACGAAAGGUCUUCUUUUCGCACACACGGUGAGGUGCCCGAGUCAAACGGGCGCAGUUUAGCGCCACCUUCAGCCACGGAGGACUUACUCAACGUCAAAUUAUUGACCUCAGCUGCUGGUAUUGACAUAGAAUAAAAAGUGGACUGCGCACUCUGCCUCCAUCGUUGGUUCCGCCAUGGUCAACAGGUUGUGACUUCUGGCCAGGGCAAAAAGUAUGAUAAACAUAAACACAUUGUUAUGGAAAAUGGUGUGAUAAAUCUAGUUAACAAUGAAGGUUAAGCUGAAACACUCACCGGUGAAAAGUUUCUUCUUUGCGACCGCCUGCACCGUUUUGACAGCCAACGGCGCAAAAAAAGCAAAGCCUAAUGUAUUCGUAUUAAAUUUGACGUUAUUAUGAGCGGGAGUUGGCCGCGUGAAAGGGCUCCGUGCGCAGUCCGCUUUUAAUUCGACGUCAUUGGCGGCUGCUAUUGGCAGCCUUCACCGCUUCCUGAUACUUUGGAAUAAGGCCGAUCUCGGUACUCGCUCAUCCCUCAUUUUCACAGCCUGAAUUAUUCUGUCGUAAAAAGUCACUAAUUGUUGAUUUUGCAAUGAAUGUUAAGCGAGUCUCAUUAAUGCGCAACAAGAAAUAAAUGCGUGCGCGAGUUUUAAUUUUCUAA